UGUACGUCAUUGUGAGUUUUCGCUGCGCUUGAGGUGAAGGGAACAUGCGCUUGGGUUUUAUUUUGCCAAGACAGAACAAAGAUUGGUGUGUGAAGAGGUAGUAAGAAGGUAUGAGUAAGAAAGGAAGAGGCCGAGUCAAGAGGAAGGAGGUACAGAGUGAUGAUGGGUGGACUGUCAUUACUCAUGGUUUGGCGAGUGUUUCGCUUGAUGGAAAAGGUAAGAAGGAAGCGGAUGCUGGGUCUUUUCCUACGAGGAUUGUGGAGGGGUUGACGGCGGAGAAAUUACUGGAGGACUUUCGCCUGCUGCAAGAGCGCUGGGAGGAUACGCUGCUUGCUCAGCAAGUUAAAGAUAUUGUGGAGAAGAGUGCUGAUAGCAAAUGGGGUGUUGAAGAGGCGGUAUGCAUAGGGAUUGGCAGUUUCAGUAGGGACUGGGCACAUCGGUGGAGGAGCAUGUGGCAGCUUGUACUGUUUGUUGACGUAGUCGGGCAGCUCAAUGCCGAGAACAAGGAUACCAAAAUCCAGUGUUUCGCCCAAGACCCAGCCUUUACAAACCUUGACAUCGAAUUCCUAUCGCACCUCUCCAUCACUGUCCUCGACUCCGAUCUCCAGGUCCAUAUCACGUCCCACUCCUUCGUCUACUCGCCCUUCGUGGAUUGGUUCCUUCUUCUACCGACUUUCCUUAAAUCGAAAGACCCGGUGCUGUACGUAGGCAACGAGAUUCUGGACGAUUAUAGUGUGUAUGCGCAAACAAAAGAGAAGAAAGAGCGGUUAGAGGAGUGCAAUCAGGUGGGCAAGAAGUGGAUAGAGGGUAGGGAAAAGGUGGCGCUAAGAGAGUUUGAAAAGCAUGGGAAUGCGCUAAAUGGAAUGGUUGUUUAUAUAAGCAAGAGUGAUGAGGACACAGAUGAAGAGGAAGAUACACAGGCGAAUCCCAGAGAAGAAGAUAACAAAUAGGCGACUGCCGGGGAAGAAGCCUAGAGUAUCACACAGAUACACCCACCCGUGGACGUAUUAAUUGUAAGCCUUGGCUUCAAUCGGUUCCCAACCUUAGUUCGCAGCAAACGUUCGAAAAUCUUAACCAAAGUACACUUCUUGGAGGCUAGCAUACGAUUUAUACUU